AUGCUUUUCUCUUCCUUGAAAUAUCUUACUCUGACACAAACUCUACAGUCCAGUCACAGAGGUAGCACCAGUGGUCUCUCUCUUGAGGGUGUCGCAAAUCAAGUUGACACACUCUCUCGAACGGUUAUUAUAUUCAAGGAAGAUAUUAUGUCAAAACUCGAUGUUCUUCUUACUGCUCAAGGCAGCGUUGGUCGCGUAACCCAAAAGAAGCUAUUUGGAUACACGAUGGAUAUGUCUCAUAUGACCUUCUCCCACGAAUCGCCCCGAGGUCCGCUCAACUCAACAAUCUCAAGGCUUUACACCCAAACAUCAAGUACUGGGAACCCAAGGAUUUCAAACCAGAUACGAGUGUUGCACCGAGGAAGAAGUCCGCUAGAUCGGCUGGCAGCACCGAUAAGAAGAACGAUAUCAACAACGAUGGGAGAUAUAUUGAAUUUUCGGAUGGAGAGAUCAUUGGGGGGGUUAGAAUUUGGGGAAAUCCGAGCGUUGCUGAAUUUACUCUUUGCCGACAUCCUUUCAGCAGGGAAGGCAAAGGCGCGGAUGAAUCUAUUGGGAGAGCAGGUCAUUGGGGCACUAGUUUACAUGCUGGAGCGGUGUUUCCCCUACCUCGGCCUUUGUACCGGCCACUGGAAGGCACUUCGUGUUAUCCGUGGCCGGUAUCGCUUUUGGGCUGGCCCUCGUGUCAAGACGGGAGCCAUUGUAGAUGACGACGAUGCUGGAGAUGACGACGACGACGAUGAAGGUGCUGCAGUAGGAACAAAGAGGAAACGUGUGGGCAACACAUCGGCGCCCAAAUGCACUCGAAUGACAGAUCCAUCAGCAGACCCUUCUCUUAUUCAAAUGCCCUUGCUGCCUAAUGAUAAUGUCGACACCAGUCCUACUACCACACCAUUGCAGUCAUCACCACAGUUGCCUCCCGACCCGAAUUCUCGGCCACCAUCACCUGUACCAUCACUCCCUCCAGCGGACACCACAUCUCGUCCACCAUCUCCUCCAGUGGUCGAUAUUUUCUCAACUGUCAACGUACAGCCGCCUCCGCCUCCACCUUUUCAUCCACCUCCACCCCCACCUCCACCUCCACCUCCCCCUUCGUCAACUCCCAAUGUGCCGCCAUCGCUUACCAACCCGCCACCACCAUUGCUUGCGAAUGUGCCGCCGCCAGUACCAAAUAUAGCUCCAAUUAUCACCAUACCAAACAGUACUACGCGCGGAGGCCUAGCAAAGAAAGUCUGCAAGCCCAAUCCGGCCCAUUUGACUGCAAGAAAUCUCUGUCUUGCUGUGUAUGCUGAGGAUGUCGGCGGCACUACACCGGAAUUCGGCAUAUACUGGAAGGCUGCUGAAACGAACAAUAUAAAUAUGACCCAAGCUUAUGAAACCUACGCAAAGGAGCUGAAAUCUUCCCAUCCAAAACCGACACAGAUUCCCCCGACAGAUGUCAUACGCAACCGUAUUGCGACCAUACUCGCGCUGGCGCUCACUCAGCCUGUGGGAUAG